AUGUCGAAUUUGACUAGUUUUUCAAUCGUGUACGAAGCUAGUUUACAGUACAAUGGUACAAAUAGUACUCUUGUCUUGAAAGACUCGAAGACAGCCAAGGGGUUUAAAGUUGUCGCGUACGUUGCAGUGCUGAUCGUAGCCAUUACUGGGAAUCUAUUUGUGGUGUCGGCCAUGAAGACGGAUUGCCGAGGGAAGCUUCGUAAGUUCACAUACCUUGUGAUUACAAGUAUAGCAAUAUCUGACUUACUCAUGGCUGCUAUGAGUAUUCCAGAACGUAUAACUCGAGUCCUGGCCGAAGAUCAGUGGCUAGUAGCAGGAACAGGUGGAGAAAUUCUCUGCAAAGCUGUGAAUUUUGUCGAGAAGGUGUCUAUCACUGUCUCAGCUUUGCACGUCAUGGCGCUUGCACUUCGACGGUUUCUGGCUGUUUUUAAGCCUCCUGCUUCUUUGACGUGGAAAAGCUAUCGAAACUCGAUUCUAGUGAUUUCACUGAUGUGGCUUUUUUCAGCGCUCUAUUGGUCUCCGGUGCUUUACUAUGGAGGUCUCUUGGUAGUACCCGGGUCAGGCUUGUACUGUAAAGUGCGCUAUUUUUACCCUCAGUGGAGAACAAGCUACUUGGUCUUCUUGAUUUUACUUCUAGGGAUUUUAGUUCUUGUUUUGGUGUUGUAUUCUGCAAUCUGGUUCAAACUCUUGUGUAGCAAAACUCUAAGGGAACAGCAAGUUGGAAUGGCGUCUUUAGUUCGUCGAAAAACGACCACAAUGGUAGCGGUGUUAGUCGCGACAUUCUACGCGUGUUUUCUACCGUACUGGAUUGGAUGGAUUCUAUGCUCUUAUCAACAAGUCUUCUGCAAUAAAAUUUUUACCUUUAUCUCGAUUUAUUUAACUCACGCAAGCGUGGCGGUCAACCCUUUUAUCUGCCUGACAUUCAGUCGCCAUUAUAGGCAAGCUCUGGGUGAGAUUCUGCCUUUUUCUACCAGAGAGCGUCGGGCUAAAACUCGCGCUCACGGUAAAGCCAAGGUGCGCAGCCCUAGAGAAAGAUAUGCUAUCUAA